AUGCCUCCAUCACAGAAUGCGGCCAACAAGAAGCCGCGCAUGACGUUGGCUCAGGUGUCAGCAUAUGAUGACAUUCUCACCGACGCCCUGGUUGAUCAUGUGUUUUACUGGACAACUGUUCCCAAGAACCGUACAUCUUAUCACCCCUCUCGAGGAGUGAGGGAGGAGGAAAUCACAAAGAUCUUACAAGAGGAGGUGGUGUUGAAGAAGGAUCUGGAUGGUGCUGAGAAACGACUAUUGACAACAAACGGACUCAAGAGAUUUCAUAAUGGAUUAAAAACCGACAAGGAGAAGGAGGAUUUCCGACGACACCUGAGGCGAUAUGUGCAAAUCUACCUCCCCGAUUGUCCCUGGGAGGUCAGCUCAACGAACCGAUAUACAAUUGUCAGCCACGAGGCUGCCGUCACAGCUCGACGGGCGAUUCGACGUAACGAAGCCAUCAAGUACUUGUCCGGCGUCCAGGUUGUCAUUACACCAGAGGAGGAAAAGGCAAUUUCGUCUCAGAAGAAGGAUUUCAGCAUUGUUGUCAGCUCACGAAGCAAGUGCACCAGCCUAUUCAUGGGACCUGCUCGAUUUGCGAACCACGAUUGCGAAGCCAACGCCAAACUUAUGAGGACGAGUCAUUCAGGGAUCGAGAUCGUCGCAACCAGAGCAAUUGAAGCAGGAGAAGAAAUUACAGUUACCUAUGGAGACAACUACUUCGGCGACAACAACUGCGAAUGCCUGUGCAGGACAUGCGAGGAGCUCUUGAGGAAUGCAUGGGAGCCAGAAGAAGGGACAGCGCCAGUAAAGACAAGUAUUGAGCAGGGAAAGUCAGAUGGGUACUCACUACGACGCCGACGUAGAGACGAUAGCAUGUCUGGCUCUUCGCGGACACCGUCGAUCACUCCCGAUAUGCGAACUCGAAUGGUCAAAGCGAAUUCACGAGGAUCACUUCUAGCCCAUGAUUCGUCAUCGGCCAGAUCUCCUCCUGUCGAGCAAACGAACAGCCGCAAACGACCACACGACGUCCUAGCAACACCGCCCAAGACACCAGCGAAGCGUGCUAAGAUUUCAGCCCCAAAAGACGAUUCAUCGUCACGCAGCACAUCUGUGACAGCUAGUGAAACGUCGAGUGGUGUUGUAGAGACAGAUGCCACUUCGCCUGAGAAAGAGACCCCAGAGCCUAUGACACAGACACCGUCGAAAGGCACGAUGGAGAAGCAGAACAAUGAACAGAGCAGGAUCGCACCUGUCUCGCCGCAGAGUACUGAGGGUUCACGGUCACCACAACAAAAGGCAGAAACAACGGCACGACAGUCGAGCGGUCGAAGCGGCUUGGAGAGUAUGUCUAUUCAAGCCAUACUCAACGCCCCGAUGGAAUCCGACGUUGAGAGCGACCUUGAGCCCGAAAUGAUGAAGCCAGUAACGGUGGUUCCUCCAUCGGUUGUGCCAAUUACAACUAGUAUCGAAACGGUGGAGGAAGGUCAAGCGGCUGAGGAGGACAAUCAGCCAAAACGCAAGAAAUACCAACGUCGUGUCUACAAGCAAGACACACCGCCGUCUCGAUUACGAGUUCCUGGAGACUAUCACCUCACGCCGCUACUUUUAUCGGAACCUGAAAUGGCCUGGCGUGAAUGCAAAACUUGCCAUGAAGACUUUGUACAACAAAACGCAUACGCUAAACGCAAGGAAUGUCCCCGCUGCGAACGGCAUUCCAAGCUCUACGGAUACAUCUGGCCUAAGACGGAGAAGGCUGGACCACAUGAUAAAGAACAAAGGAUCUUGGAUCAUCGCACAAUCAACCGAUUCUUGGAUCCUGAUGAUGAGCAGAAAGUUAGGGGUCGGAGGAGCUUUGGAGCUUCAAAGACAGGCACAGAAGAAGCGGAAGACCUUGAACGAGGACGAAAGCGAUACAGCACCAGUGGCUUACUCGGAAAGCUAGCUUCAGCAACAGAGCAAGAUUCAGACCGUCGCAGGAGUGGGAGGUUACGUAGAGUAAACAGCCGUUUGCUUGACCCAUGA